AGGAGCAGCAGCAGGAGGAGGACGACCAACAAACAACCUGCAACCCCUGCUGCCAGUUACCUGUGCCCCUGUGGUAAAGACGAGUUGUUCUAUCCUUCCUAAACAACAACAACAACAAUAUUAUAAUAAUAAUAAAGAGUGGUUAGUUUGACACGCCGUUGACCUCGUCUGACACAGUUGGAGACUACAGCUGCUGUCCAUCAUGGCAGGCGAUAUGAUGUUACUGAUGCGAGGCUUGGCCAAGUUGAGCCAGGCGGUUGUAGAGACUCAGAAUAGCACCCUGCGCAGUGGAAUGGGAGUCCAAGGAGUUGGUGCCGCAGUCCAAAGUGUCCAAUCGGCUGCUGAGCAAGGCCUCUCUGCCGCUAUGAUGAAAGUGCAGGAGCUGUCUGGCCAGCAGCAGACCUCUUCAUCAGAGUCAGAAUUUGAUUUCCCUCAGGACGACAGUGCGUUCGCAACUUCAGAGUUCAAGGAGGAUGGCGUGGACUAUACAGUGGAUCACACAGGAAGUACCAGUGAUGCAGAAGCCCAGCAUGGUGCAGCAGCUGGAGCGAGUGGGAAACAGUCGUUGUUUGAGGGAUACAAAGAUCCCAGCAAACAGUUUAGUGGACACACCAGAUCUUACCACCAAGAUGCAAGACAUUACGCUGGACAUCAACAGCUCUACAACCACAGUCUGAACAGGCAGUUGUGGGGACAGCUAUACUGUCAGAAUCAGAUCAGUCAGCUCAGGAGCUACCAUCAGGACCCGUCCACAGUUGGAGGGCUGACGGCCGAAGACAUCGAGAAAGCAAGACAGAGCAAGAGGGAUGAGAACAAACCCCACAAACAGAUGUUGAGUGAGAGAGCCAGAGAGAGGAAAGUGCCAGUGACUCGGCUUAGCAGACUGGCCAACUUUGGAGGUCUAGCUGUAGGUUUGGGUUUUGGAGCUCUGGCAGAGGUUGCCAAGAAGACCAUGAGACACAAUGGUGCGACAGGUGACAGUAAGAAAGGCGUUUUGGACUCCAGCCCCUUCCUGUCUGAGGCCAACGCCGAACGCAUCGUCAGAACUCUGUGUAAAGUCAGAGGAGCUGCAUUAAAACUGGGACAGAUGCUCAGCAUUCAAGAUGAUGCAUUCAUUAACCCUGAACUCGCCAAGGUCUUUGAGCGCGUUAGACAGAGUGCUGACUUCAUGCCAAUCAAACAAAUGACAAAAGCGUUGAACAGUGACUUGGGUCCUAACUGGAGAGACAAACUGGAGUCGUUCGAGGACCGUCCAUUUGCGGCAGCGUCCAUCGGCCAGGUUCACCUGGCGAGGAUGAAGGAUGGCAGGGAGGUGGCCAUGAAAAUACAGUACCCUGGUGUGGCUCAGAGUAUCAACAGUGACGUCAACAAUUUGAUGACGGUGUUGAAAAUGAGCAAUGCCCUACCUGAAGGUCUGUUUCCAGAGCACCUGAUAGACGUGAUGAGAAGAGAGCUAGCACUGGAGUGCGAUUAUGUUAGAGAAGCCCAGUGUGCAAAGAAGUUCAAGGAGCUAUUGAAGGACCAUCCGUUCUUCUAUGUGCCAGAGGUGAUUAAGGAGCUGAGCGGUAGCCAUGUCCUAACCACAGAGCUUGUCCCUGGGUUUCCCCUGGACCAAGCUGAGAGCCUCACACAGGAGCUGAAGAACGAGAUCUGCCAGAACAUCUUGAUGUUGUGCCUCAGGGAGCUGUUUGAGUUCAGAUACAUGCAGACUGACCCCAACUGGUCCAACUUCUUCUAUGAUCCACAGACACACAGGGUGGCGCUGUUGGACUUUGGAGCCACGAGAGGAUUCGAUCAGAGUUUCACAGACCUCUACAUAGAGAUAAUCCGUUCGGCUGCCGAGGGCGACAGAGAGGGAGUUCUGAAGAAAUCUAUUGACAUGAAAUUUUUGACUGGUUAUGAGUCCAAGGCGAUGAUAAAUGCCCACGUGGAUGCGGUGAUGAUCCUCGGUGAAGCCUUCGCCUCCAUGGAGACUUUUGAAUUUGGCUCCCAGUCCACCACCCAGAGAAUCCACAACCUCAUCCCUGUGAUGCUCAAACACCGGCUGACCCCGCCUCCCGAGGAGACGUACUCGCUCCACCGCAAGAUGGGCGGCUCCUUCCUUAUCUGCUCCCGGCUGAAUGCGAAGCUGCAGUGUAAGGACAUGUUCCAAAUAGCGUAUGAUAAGUACUGGGAAGGCCGCACACGGCCCUCCCACUAGGCCACAAACCAAUCCCCAAGUGUCAGGCGAUUUGAUGGACAGAUCCUGGGGCCAACGGCAAAGUGCAAGUCAACAGUGUGAGGGUCAGGGCAGGAAGACCUUAACUGGUCAGCGAGCACCAGCUUAUCUUUCCCAUUUUGGGCGACGCACUACGACAAGUUUUUGAAGGGGACUUGCGCAUAUUUACAACCACCAUUUCAUAGUUUGAAGGGGAGCAGCAAUAUUUCGAGUGCUUUAAGGCCACACUCUAAAUUUGGCCCCGUGAGGACUGAGGUGGGAUGUGGAUGGAAGGAGAGAAACAAACAACCUUGUGUAUUCAGGUGUAAAAUGAAUGUAAAAAAAGUUGGAAUUGUAUUUCUCCUCUGAUGUUUUCAAGGUGAUUCUUGCAUUUUUCUUGUGUUUUGUGCUGCUGUGUUUUGUUGAACCUUUUGGGAAAAAAACCACAACCAACUAUCCAGUUUGCUGUCUGCCAGAAAUGCCAUGGGUGAAUUGACUGUAUUAAAGUAAGAAGACUGAACUCUUAAUGUAAACCCAAAGUCAUGAAAUAAUGGGGUUAAUACAGUGUAUGGGUAGAGUAAGUCAUUGACCAGGACCAACAUGUCUGGGUCACAAAUAUUUGGUUCUGUUGCUUUUCAAGGAAGUUGAAUUAGAUUUUCUGCCUGGAUAUGAAUAAUAAGGCUCGUUCUAAAUAUAGACAUCAAAAUAAAUGUAGCAGUUUUCAUAA